CGUUUUCACAUUGUCAUUAUGGAGUAUUGUGGCUGGCAUUUUGAAGGAAAAGAUUAAUUUUAUCCAUUUUAGAAUAAGGCUCUGACACAAAAAAUGUGGUAAAAGUGAAGCGCUGUGAAUACUUUCCAGAUGCACUGUGUUAGCUCCCCUGUCUGUCUGUCUCUCCCUCCCUCUUUGUCUCUCACACACAGAGUCCUCCUCUAGAUGACCAUCAUGUGAUCUCACUGCCUCCAGCUGCUCAGUACUUUGGGCAAAAACAUUACCUCAAGUCAGAAGUUUGUGUUUUCACUAGUAUUCUUGGUUCUAAGUCGACAUGGUAGACGUUUUUGUGCUUUUCCUAACCAUUGUGACCCUGGUGGCUGUAGGAUUCUUGUUGUGUGUUAUUCCCAAAGGACCAGGCAGAGGAGAGUCUAUUACCAUGGUAAUAGCAGCUGCACUCUACUUUUACGUGUUCUUGGUAAUAGCAUAUCUGACCCAGGUGAAUCCACAUUUUACACCCAAAAUCCCACCUUAUGCCAUAUGGUGCCCGUACCAAAUAUGGGUUUGAUUCAUGCCAUCAGGACUGUGAACAGUGCAGGUAAUGUGUUUUCUUAUGAAAGAAAAAAAAAUUUACAUUUCUAUUUCAUUUAUUGGCACAUGAUAUUUCUUGCUUGAUGCACCUUCCUAUAAAACUGCUUGUGGUGAUUUAUUAUAAUUUCUGUCAACAGGGAUGGAUGUGAUACUUGUAUACCAGAGGUUCAUUUUCCCUUUAAUCCACGCUGAUGUCUCACCUUCUGAAUCGCCUUAAAUCCAGAUCUCUUUGUGGCUGUUGACUGAUGCCCACACUGGUGCCUUGUACAUGCCCCUUUCAAAAUAGUCUUGCUGUUUGUUUUUAUUGAGCUCAACUUUCACUUGGAGGUAUCUGGGUUUAGUACAUUAUACUGCAUUAUUAUUAUUAGUAAGUCCCUUCGGCUGGAGUCGCCAAGGUGGAUCUGCAUGUUGAAUUGGCACAGGUUUUAUGCUGGAUGCCCUUUCUGACACAACUCCACAUAACACAGCGUUGCGUCAGGAAGGGCAGGGGGUGGGGUUUGAACCAGGAACUUUCCGCACUGAAACCAAGUGCACUAACCACUUGGCCGCCACCCCUGCCUUAUACUGUAUUGUUAUUGCUGCUGUUAUAA